UCCCAGCAUGCGUUGAUGACAUCACGAAGUGCCCCUUCUUUGUGUGUCAGUGAUGUCACCAAGUGCAGUGUGGGGGACAAUGGAAUCCUGAACUCCGGGCGAGGGCGAGUGGGAAGCGGCUGCUCCUGCUGCUGGUUCAGGGCUGAGCCGGGGGAGGGAAGGGAGGACACAGCUGCUGCUUGAGGGCUGAAACAGGUGAGAAGUUGCUGCUGCUGCCGGAGGGACAAAGCAGCGAGAGAGACACGAGUGGCCAGGCCCAGCCGCACCGAGGAGGAGCAGCCAGACACAAAGGGAGAGGUUGGGGUGUGUGGUGGGGGGGUCGCUAUGUCGGAUGACGAUUCGAGGGCCAGCACCAGCUCCUCCUCAUCUUCAUCCUCCAACCAACAGACAGAGAAAGAAACAAGCACGCCUAAGAAGAAGGAAAGCAAAGUCAGCAUGAGUAAAAACUCUAAGCUGCUAUCUACCAGUGCCAAGAGGAUUCAGAAGGAAUUGGCCGACAUCACCUUAGAUCCACCUCCCAACUGCAGUGCUGGCCCCAAAGGUGACAACAUCUACGAAUGGAGAUCAACCAUUCUAGGACCUCCAGGUUCAGUCUAUGAGGGAGGUGUUUUCUUCCUUGACAUCACAUUUACACCAGAAUAUCCUUUCAAGCCUCCAAAGGUAACGUUUCGGACAAGAAUCUACCACUGUAACAUUAACAGCCAAGGCGUCAUCUGCCUGGACAUUUUAAAAGACAACUGGAGUCCAGCGUUAACCAUUUCUAAAGUUCUCCUCUCCAUCUGCUCCCUCCUCACAGACUGCAACCCGGCUGACCCCCUGGUUGGAAGUAUUGCCACUCAGUAUAUGACUAACAGAGCAGAGCAUGACAGAAUGGCCAGACAAUGGACCAAAAGAUACGCUACAUAAAUUGGAUUUUCGUCAAACUCUUACAUUAUUCGUCUGUGAUGGAAAGAGCUGCUUAUGAUUUUGAAGGGGUGGGGGGAGGGAGGGUGCUGGUAAAGAGUAGGGUAUUUCUAUAACAGAUUUUAUUCAGUCUUUUAUUUCCUAAGAUUUUGUUGUUGUAACUUAAGGUAUCUUGCUACAGUAGACAGCUAGGAUUGGGAAUAGCAUAUUUUAAGACUGUAAUUAGUUCAGCAAUAUUAGCUCACAUAUAGUACCGAGAAGAAUGUAAACUUCUUAGACUUCUUUGGUUUUCAGUUUGCUUGCAAUAUGUAAAAGAUUAAAACAGCUUAAUUUUGUACAGGUACAUAUGUUGACAUUUAUGUAAAAGUCCUUUCAAGACUCUACACACUGUUUUUGCUUUUUGUUAUGUUUUGGGGUUGGGGGGGUUAUUUUGUUCUGGGUUGGGUGUUUGGUUUGUUUUGUUUUUUUUUUUUUUUCCCGUUGGUUUUGUUGUUUGGGUUUUUUUUGUAAAAAGAUGUUGGGAUUGUUUUCCCUUAUGGAGGGCACACUGGUAUUUAACAAAUCCUUUUUAAAGACUGUCAUCUCAUGAUCUGUGAUACGGAGAGGUGGAUAUAUGGCGUCAUAUAUGAAAUGAGAAGUAGUUAAUGUAUUAUUUUAUAAGCCAAUCUAUCUUUGUGAAAAGAAUAAAGGGUUUAAUCAGGACUUACGGAAACCUGUAGUGAAAUACCUUAAGCUGUUUAACUGUAAGGCGUGGAGUAGGAGUCACUCAGUGGAUUGGUUGUAUGUUGUGGGCUACUUAAGUCUGCAUUUGUUACUGUGCUAAUAAAAAGAUGUUUAAAAAAAAAAAAAAAAGAAGAAAA